CAGUGAUUCGUCUCCUGUUCUCUUUUAACCAAAGUUAUACCGUCCAUGACGAAUGCUGUUGUCUCACUAUUAUAUAAUACCAAUUAUUUACCUGGUGCUAUUGUUUUAGGGUUAGCAAUCCGCAAAAUUAUUGCAAUUACUGAUUACGAAGUUACAUUAGCAUUAUUAAUCGAUAGAAAUAACUUUAACGAAUAUCAAUUAACCUUAUUAUCGGAAAUAUAUGAUGAACUAAUCGAUGUUGAGCUUUUCACUUCUCAUUUAUCGGACAAGUUAUCUCACGAAUUAGGUAGGCCCGAAUUGGACAAAACAUUCACCAAGAUCCAGUUAUGGUCACUUUAUGAUAAGUUCGAUAAGAUUUUAUAUUUGGAUGUUGACACAUUACCAAAUAUUCCCAGAAGUAACGAACAGGGAUCAAUUUUGAAUUUGCUAAAGGUUGACUUCCCCGAAAAUAAGAUCUUAGCUGCGCCUGAUAGUGGAUUCCCCGAUGUUUUCAAUUCCGGGGUUUUCUUAUUGAAGCCCAAUUUAGUCGAUUACUAUAAUUUACUUGCAUUGGUUAAUAGUUCCAAUUUGGAAAUAUCGUUUGAUGGUGCAGACCAAGGUUUAUUGAAUCAAUAUUUUAAUUCGCAGCCAGAUUGGGUAACCGACCUUUUAAAUGCCCAUACUAAUAAUAUAGAAUUUAUUAAUACAACGAAAAGUUCCAACUGGGUUCAAUUACCGUUCUUAUAUAAUACCACCCCUUCUGCCCAGUAUGAAUAUCUCCCAGCGUAUAAGUAUUUUGCUAAUCCAAUUGAAAAUAAGGUAAAUGAUGAACCAACAAAUUUUGAUCACCAAUCUCAAUUGGACUCAACUAAUGAGACUUUGAAUAGAUACCAUUCUGCUGCAUUCAAUUAUUAUGAUGGUCCAGAUACUCAAGUGAAGCUAGUUCAUUUCAUUGGUCCCUUUAAACCUUGGACCUCAUCUUCAAAAGAAGGUAUUUUCAGCAAUUGGUGGCAGAUUUGGGAUGAAAAAUUCGGUGGUAAAAGCAUCGACAGUGUCAUAUUUGACCAAGGAAACUAUAUUUUUUCCCAAGAUUCUCCUACUGAAUUCGAUGAACAAAUUGAUGACGUUUUAGAAGAAAUCGAACAAGUUGCAACCACUCACCAAGAAAUUGAUGUUUCUAAGCCUGCUGAUUUAUGUGAUCCUAAAAAUUAUCAACAUAUUCCCGGCAUUUCUCAAAAUGCAGAUUCCACUUGGGACCCCGCCAAAGAACCCCCACCGAAAUCCGAAACUUUGAAAGACCCGCCAUUCAUUGAAGAUUUCAAACCAAUUAUUAAUGCCUGGGAUAAUGGUAAUCAAGAACAACAGAAAAAUGAAAUUAUUGAUUACCAAGGGUCCCCGGUAUCCCCAGAAAAAAUUCAGGAAAUCUCCAAAGAUCUAGCAGCCGAAAACUCCCAUAUUGGUCAAGAGUUUGGCUACCAUAAAGACCAGCAGCCAGAGCGGGUUUUCGCCCAUGAUUCGGAUUACAUUCCAACUCACUUGUUAAUGCCUCUACAAAAACCUGAACCACGUAAAGUGAUGGAAGACGAUGACCCCAAAAUGGAUCCAGUGGAAAACUUGAGCAACGAUGCAAUUAGCUUCAACAAAGUCAACGAAAAGCUAAUGAAGUUGGGUUUGGCAGAAGAUGUCCUUGUCCCAGAAGAAGAAGAACAAGACGACGCCGUUCUUGGUGCCGAAGAUAUCAGCAAAGCCCCCAAGUUAUUCCCGUGGGAAUUCCAAAACAGUAUCAAACCCGAAAGGGUGUUUGACUAGUGUAUCUCUGCUUUUCUCUAUGCCCUUUAUAAUAAAAGUUUAUUUAUACCCACCGUAAGCUUUUAGCAGCCAUCCUUACGCCUUAACCUAACCACUUAGCUACAAAACUCAUGCUCGACCCCCUCAAUUAUAUAACGAAUCU